AAUGGAAAAAGCUUGUUCUUUCUAUAGCAAAUGGCUCAGCUGGUCACGGGCAACAUGGCUGUUAAAGGAACCAAAUUUUUGUGGAAAUGUUUGCCAGUUCAUGUGGAAAAGGCUGACAGGUCACAACUGAGGGUAAAAUGGAAGACUGAAGAAGGGAAGACUUGUGAUGAUGUGUUUGACACUGUCUUGUUUGCUGUUGGAAGACAAGCCCAAACCAGUCGAUUAAAUCUGGAUAAAGUUGGAGUGAAAACACAUCCAGAUUCUCACAAAGUUCUUGCAACAAAUGAACAGUCUUCCGUCUCUCACAUCUAUGCAAUUGGAGAUGUCUUGCAGGGUAAACCGGAACUGACUCCUGUAGCAAUCAAAGCUGGAAAACUCCUUGCUCGUAGGCUGUUUGAGAAUUCAAAAAAACAAAUGGAUUAUGAAAAUGUAGCAACAACCGUGUUUACUCCCCUAGAGUACGCUUCUGUCGGGUUAUCUGAAGAAAAAGCCGUAGAGAAACAUGGAAUACAGAACUUAGAAAUUUAUCAUGCUUUUUAUAAACCUUUGCAGUACACCUUAGCAGAAAGGGAUGCAUCACAGUGUUACUUAAAGGCUGUUUGUUUAAGAGAGCAUCCACAGAAAGUCAUAGGUCUUCAUAUGACUGGGCCUCAUGCUGGGGAAGUUAUGCAAGGUUUUUCAGCUGCUCUCAAGUGUGGGCUGAAUAUCGAACUGUUGGAGCAAACCGUUGGAAUUCAUCCCACUGUAGCCGAGGAAGUUGUAAAGUUGAAUAUUAGCAAGAGGUCUGGAGAAGAUCCCACAGUUACAGGCUGUUGAGGUUAAAUCCUCCACCCCUAUUCCUGUCAGUAAUAAUGCUUUCUAGAAAAAAUUGGUACAAUUUGGGAAGAUGCAGUGACUAAUACUAGUUUUUAUGUCUUAACAAGUUAUCUAACACUUCGUUAAAAGGGUUAACGCAAGUUAAUAUCAUGACAGUUAUUCAUCUCAUUAUUGUCUCACUUCUGCGUGAACCUUUAGAAGGUAAUGGAUUAACAUACAGACAUUUUUAUUGAAUAUGAUUUUGUUAAUAUAAUUUGACGUAUUUCAAAAAAUAAUAUAUUUUACCUGUCACAGUCAAUGGCCAAUGUAAGAAACGUUUUGGAAGAAAGCAACCAAAAUGAUAUUAUCACUAACUAAACUGCUACUACUGACAGGCCCAAAGGCUGGGGUGGAGACAGUAUAGAAAAUGAAAGAGUUACUGUAAGCAGACAGUAUGAUGAAGGCUUGUUUUCAAACCCAAUUCUUGGGAAAAACAUUUCUGAUGUUACUGGCUGCAUGAAAAUAGAAAUACAAUUUUUUUGUGUAUAUAAUGUAGAGUUUUGUAAAAAAUAUAUGAUUAUUUAAAAUGGUGAAACUGGUGUUAAAGUUUUCUUCCCAUAACUCGUGAAAACAACUCAAAACAGUCUAGAGAAACGUGGCUUCCAUUAACAGUCUUUUGUAGCAUUCAUCCUGUGUCAUUACCUUAACUUGUUGUUGUACUUACAAACUCAGUUCCAAAUAAAUGGUAAAUAUCUUUAUAUUUACACCUCAGUUGCUAUAGAAUUAA